GUCUAUGCAUAACGAUAAUUUCGCGCCAUUUUAUUUAUUCGAGUCAUGAAUGCGUGUUCUGUGUCCUCAAUUUAAUUUUUUGACAACAGUGUACAUGAAGGCUAAAUAGUUGAAUUUGUAGCACUGCUGGAUAUAAAUUAUUUAUACACAAAUCUAAAAUGCAUGUGCGAAUACGUAUGUUCAACAAACCAGACACUAUCGUGGUUGUUGAAUCAAAGUUAACGAAAAUAGACCAAUUCCGGCAAGUUAUAAAGACUAAAUUUGGUGUCAAGCCUAAGUUACAAAGAUUAUUUUAUGGCGGCAAGCUGUUAGAAAAUGGCUACACAUUCCAUGACUACAACAUCAAGCUCAAUGAUGUCAUUCAGCUCAUGGUCAAGGCACAGCCUGACGACAUUCCUGUGGAGGAGAAGCAGCCAAAAGACACUAAAGAGACAGCUAAAGAGGAGACUGAAAAGCUCGAUGAGGUGACAAAUACUGAAGACAAAGUAUAUAAAGAUGCUGUCAGCACAUUAUAUGCAAUAGGAGACCUUGUGGACGUCAGACACUGCACAAUAGGCGCAUGGUUCGAAGGAAAGAUCGCAAGGAUAGUUUACGAUCCUACUGUACCAAACAUUCCUGAAUCUAUGAACACUUCUAGUGAUAAAGAUGUACUUACAAACUUUGAUAGUAAUGAUCAGGGAAAUGAUAAGGAGAAUGAUGCUAGGAACUGUGAGUUGAACGCAUCAACAAGCAAUGCCACUAAAACAAGAAGUAAAGGUAUUACUAGAUAUUUUAGUAAAUCACCCAAAACAAAAUCUGCCAAUAAAAGUCAGGAGCACACUGAUCUUGAAGCACUCCUGCUGUAUAAAGUGGAGAUUGAUGCUGAUGAGGAAGAGGGCAGUGGGUAUUACACCUCAAAAAAUAUCAGGCCCAGAGCAAGGAAAGAGAUAGAUAUAAAAUUAUUGAAAGUUGGGCAGACUGUGAUGGUCAACUAUAACACUUCUGAGCCUCAGGAGCGAGGAUACUGGUAUGACUUAAAGGUAACAGAAAUCAAGAAACUGAAAAAGAAUCAUGUGUUAAUAGGCACUAUAUACUUAGGACCUGAGGCGGUGCCUCAAAAUGACACUACAGUGACGGUGCUAGAUAAAAUAUUUGCAAUUGAAAAGGUUGUGCCUGUGAUUGAAAGAACUGCUACUUAUAAAGCUUUAAUGACGACGCCUCCUGAGAAUAGAUCACAACCAUUAUUAUGUUUGACUUGCCGUGAUGAAGAAAAUGUUCCAUGCAAAGACUGCGGCUGCAAUUUGUGCUCAGGAAAAGAAGCUCCAGAGAAGAUAAUUCUGUGUGACGAGUGCAACUAUGGCUAUCACAUGUCCUGCUUAGACCCACCGCUUACUAAAGUUCCUGAUGAGGACUGGUACUGCCCUUCCUGCAAACGUGACCCUAAUGACGUCAUCGCUCCGGGGGCUGCAAAGCAAACCAAGAAGAUAUCUAAAACUAAGCGCGAUUGGGGCCGAGGGAUGGCUUGUGUCGGUAAAACAAAAACAUGUGCGAUGCCGUCGAACCACUUCGGUCCGAUACCGGGCAUCGAAGUUGGCAUGUGUUGGAGAUUUAGAAUCCAGCUGUCUGAGUCGGGCGUGCACCGGCCGCCGGUGUCGGGUAUACACGGUCGUGAUAACGAAGGAGCUUAUAGCAUCGUGUUGUCCGGCGGCUAUGAAGAUGACGUAGACUACGGCAAUGAGUUUACAUACACCGGCAGUGGCGGUCGAGAUUUAUCGGGAAAUAAGCGGACUGCAGUGCAGUCCUGUGACCAGACUCUUACUAGAGAGAACAGAGCUCUUGCGCGGAAUUGCGCAGUGGAAAAGAUCAGUGAGGACGGCGGUGACGCGGGCGAGAACUGGCAGAAAGGCAAGCCGGUGCGAGUUGUGCGCUCAUACAAGAUGUUGAAGCACUUCCCCAAGUACGCGCCAAAGGAAGGGAUCAGAUACGACGGCAUCUACAAAGUCGUUAAGUACUACCCUGAGGAGGGAUUGUCCGGGUAUCGCGUGUGGAAGUACUUGCUCAGACGCGACGAUCCAUCACCAGCGCCCUGGGAGAGCGGCGCUAAGGAGUAUUCUAUUGUUUAUCCGGACGGUUACCUGGAAGCAGAAGCAGAAAAGAAGGCCUUGAAGAAUGGAAAGAGAAAAAGUGAAAAGCGAGCGCUCAACGAGAGCAAUCACAACAGUGACAGUGAGUCCGAGAACCAAGUACCUGUCAAAAAGGCCAAGACUGAUAUCAAAGCAACACCUAAAAACAAAAUAGCCAAUGCCUUCUCGAAGGGUCGAGAUAAGAAGAAGUUAGCGGAUAAUAAACUAGUGACGAGCAGUCUUAGCGCUGAAGAAAAGGAAGCUAUUCAAGCUGAUACGCUGAACAGUAAGCUUUGGGAUGAGUGCUGUGAAGUGUGCGAAACUAAGGGAAGACAGGAGUUCGUAGAGUCUGUGAUGCAGGGAUUCCUUUGCAUCAUUUGUCAAGAUGUAGCAGUGACUCCUGUGACAACGCCAUGUUUACAUAACUUCUGUAUGGCAUGUUUGACGCUGGCGUACAAGUCGACAGGACGAUUUUGCCCCUGCUGCCGUCAGAGCCUAGAGAAAUACGAGAUGAAACCCAAUGAACAACUGAAGACGGCUCUGCGUACUAUCAUGGCGGGUUACGAUGCAGGCAAGAAAUGACGAUAUCUUUGUAAAAGUUUUUUUUUUAAUGUGAUCGCGGUCUAUAUUGUUUUUUUUAUUAUUCAAAGGCAAAGGUAAAAAGUCUUAAAAAAAAUUAACUUAGUCCAACAUUAGAUAAAAAUAGAAAUUUGAAAACUGAAAAGACCUCAAUAUUGUUUUGCUUAAAGAAUUCAAUUAUUAUUUCUCUUUCAACCCCUUAUGCAAAAUUGGGUUAAUAUUGUUUGUUGUUUGUAACUGAAAACUAAAAUUAAGUUUUCAAAAUGAACUACAGCAUUAGAGACAGUUUAAUUUAAUUGUAGGUAGUUUAUACCAAUUACUCAAUAAAUUGUUUGAUCAAACAAUUUCAGAGCUACUGAUAUUACAACAUAGAACUCAAUCUCAGAAACUACUGAACCAGUUUUGAUUAAAGUUGAGAAAGCAGUAAGGCUAUAAGUGCUGUGAGAAUUUUACUCGUUUUAUCUUAAUUUAAUAUUGUUUUAUAAUAUGACGAGAGGCCUCGCCGCAAUGAGUACAUUUAGAAUUGCUUGGGGCUACGUUUCCCAAGUUUCUGAUUCAUUUUAACCGAUUUACCUUUACUUUAAUUUAUUUUAUUUUAUUUAUGUAACAUUCGCGUUAACUCAGGAAUCUUAACAGAAUAAUAUUUAUUAAAACAUGAUACUGCCUAUUGAUAAUGUUUACAAGUGAUAGUAGGUUUAAUACGCGUUUCUGUCUUUCGUCAAACAUUUGAUCUGAUAAUACUGUGCAUACAUAAAUAAUAUUUUCUUUUACUAUUUAAUAAUUCUAUCAUAUUCAGUAAUUUUUGUAAUCAUGAUUUGACCUUCACGGUGUGACGUCAUACGUCAUAUUUCAUUAAAUAAAAUGGAACGUUAGUAGAAUCCAUUAUUAUUCUUAAUAGAAUAGCCAAAGCAAUGUACUUUAGAUUGUAUUGUUUACUUACGGAACUAUUUUUUAAGGAAUCUUAAUUAUGGUAUUAAUGAUUUAAUUUGAAUUAAAAUUAUAUCGGAAUAAACAAAAUUAGUAUUAGUCUAAGCGGUACUACACUGUAACUACUACCUCAUGAGUACUUUUAGCACGCUUAAAAUAGAUUAGUUUUUAUUGUUAGUUGGUUUUAUUUGGAUACUUAGUUAAAUAGGCGAUUUUGAGGUUUGAUGCGGGUUCCAACACAAUGCGAAUAAAUAUUUGCAAACAGAUUGAGCACAAUAACGUAUUAUUGAUCGUUGUCUUUAGCUAAUGAGGAAUUAAGAUCCCAUGACGAGCAUGGCGGUGUUCAACUUGCACUGAGAAACAGCCUGUUCCCGUACACGCCAUUGUUGGGGAUACAGGACCCCUUGUACAUGCUCUGCGCUCGCUGCUAUCUACUAAAGACAAUUAUAAUAGUGUCAGUCAAAGUUUAUGAAAAAUUUCUGUUCAAAAAUAGCAGCAAAGCAAUAUUCUGCUGUUUACUACAACAAUAACAACAGAAAGGCGAAUAUUUAAACUCUCGGAGCAA